CAAACGAAGAAGAAGAAACAGAAUUAAGCUGGGCUAGCUAUUAGCUUGUCCGGCAACUACAUAACGGUUACUAAGGCUUCUCCUUGUUCUUCAAAUUGAUAAACUCAUUAUCUACCUCUUAAGCACUAAUACAAUGGACUACGGAGUUGAGUCCUCAGUGAAAUGAAAAAUAGUUUUCGAACACGACACGGGCGCAGUCUGUUACGUUGUUAUUGCUAUCGCAUUAUUUACAGCGUAAGGCUAACGUCAACAUAAAAUAUAGAACGCAAAUUAUUUUGAACAUGCUUUAUUUACAAAAAUAACACAAACAAAUCACUUUAUGUCCAUCGUGGAUGUGACGUAUAGCUAUACUUAUCAUUUUAUUGUGGCGAAAGACAUUCAUAACAACCAGUUGCUCCACACUUCCGUAUGGCUUUUAUUUCGAAACGUGUCACCGGAUGUUUCCUGUAUCCUUCACGGUGCCGCAGCAGCAGGGGAGGAGAAUUUGGCCGCAGGAUGAUGAUGAGGAUGAGGAUAAUGGCGCUCACUUGGCUGUUGGUGCUGGAGUUAGUGCUGUACGCCAGCUGCUUCGUCUGCGGGAUUGUCACCGCCGCGUCCCUCACCAUCGUUCAGGGUAAUUUUGAUGGCCGCUGCCCGCUCUAUGGAGUUGUGAGCUACAACUCGACCGCAAACGUCCUCGGGGUUCAGGCGUCCAGCUCCGCCUCCUUGUGCUACUUCGUUUCGGCCGUCUCCGUCACGGUGGCCGUGGUGUGCUUCUCGCUGUCCCUCUACUGGUUGCACGCCAUCUGCAUCGACGGCGUCGUUCGCAGGGAGCGCGUGUGGAUGAACGGGGCGGUGAUCGUGUGCGGCGUCGUCCUCUUCUUCCUGCUCAUCUCGGGCUGCAUGCUCAAGAUCGGACGGGAUGCGCUUUGCGACUCCGUGACGCGCGGCGUUCCCAACGUCACCAGGUGCUCUGCGUGCUCACAUUUUUUGCUUCGGGAUCUGACAAAUAACGAUAUGUUUCCAUCGGAUGCACAUGAAGCUGCGAGGAGGCCCAGACGAAGAAGUGGGUCGGUCCGAUCAAGGGCGAGAAUUUCUACAGCGGCCUACGAAAAGCAGAGACGGCCGCGUGGGUCAACUUCUUCCUCUGGCUCGUCAUCGUCGUGCUGUUCAUCAUUCAGAGGCGCCAGACCUCUGGGGCAAAGGCGCUCGCGGGAUGCACGGACGGGGCGGCCGGCGAGACGGAGCCCUUUUUCAACUGUCCCGCGAGGCCUCAAUGACGUGGCAUUGUCGCUAUGCACACACAGCCUUUUUUUGUUUGUUUGUUUUUUGUACAGACUCUGUUUUUAUUCACGAAAUCCCACACUUAUUGGCUUUGUGUUUGUUUUUAGUAUAUAUAUUGUAUUUAAUGAGUCUGGCAAGUGUUAUUUUAAACAAUCACAGGACAAUGUCCAAUCUACAGCCUUUUGCCUUUCUAUUUUAUUAUUUCAUUUCAUAAAUAUUCCACUCACGGGCCAUUCUUCCAGCCUAGUGGGACCCCAUCAUGUGAAUAAAUGCUGCUUGAAAUAAUAUUUCAUAAAGUUUACCUGCAUGAGCCUUUACAUAAAACUACGAGUUGCACUAUGUGACAAGUCUUCUCCACAUUAGUCAUGCUAAAUGAAAUAAAAUAAGAUAUUUGUCUCCCUCU